GCUCCCAACCUGACCGGUGAAGAGAGCGGGCGGCUGCAGAAAGUAGUCCAAAUUGAGGCAGUUAUAUUCCUUAACUAAAUCAAUUAAACAUUGAUUAAAAAAAGAAACUGCGACACCCGGAAUCUAUAUAGAUAUAGCACAAUGAUCCGCUUUAUUCUCAUCCAGAAUCGGGCAGGGAAGACCAGGCUGGCCAAGUGGUACAUGCAGUUUGAUGAUGAUGAGAAACAGAAGCUGAUUGAAGAGGUUCAUGCUGUAGUGACAGUCCGUGAUGCCAAACACACCAAUUUUGUAGAGUUCAGAAACUUCAAGAUCAUUUACAGGCGGUACGCCGGCCUGUACUUCUGCAUUUGCGUGGAUGUGACGGACAAUAACCUGGCUUACCUGGAGGCUAUUCACAACUUUGUCGAGGUUUUGAAUGAGUAUUUCCACAAUGUGUGCGAAUUAGAUCUGGUCUUCAAUUUUUACAAGGUUUACACAGUGGUGGAUGAGAUGUUUCUUGCAGGAGAGAUCCGAGAGACUAGCCAGACCAAGGUCCUCAAGCAGCUCCUUAUGUUGCAGUCUCUGGAAUAGAGAGCUCAUUGGUGUCGGGCCCCGUCACUCAAUCAAUUACCUGCUGUUGCAGCAGGCCCCGCCCACCUCUGCUGCAACCAAGCCAAAAUGUGUGUGUUUGGGUGUUGUCUUGCUGAAUUACACCCACAAAUAUUUCACUUUUUCAUUACAUCUUCAAAAUCAUGUUUUACAUUCAGUUACUCGUGAAUUUGAAAGGCCUUCCCAGUUAUUUAGUAUUGACCUCAUUACUUCUCCCAGUGCUUUGGCUCACCCAGACUCGAAUACUUCAGCAAUUUUAUAGCACAGUAGACUUGAAAGAGUCAGACUGGCAACCUCUCCAAGCCCAUUCUUUAACACUGAAACAGAGAAUAGCCAUCCUGAUGGCCAAAACCACCAAGGCACGGAAGCAUCUGAACAACAAGGUCAACACUGUUCCGUUCUACACUACAAAUAUGGAUGACAAAAUGUUGUCGUGGCAAUGUUAAAUCCUCAAUUUAUAACAAAAAACCUUCCUGGACAUGUUCUAUCUAAAGUUAUCUUAUGGCCAGACAAGUCCCAUGUCCAAUUCAAAUGUUCAAAUUUAAAGGAGUAAUUCACCCAAAAAUGGAAAUUGUCUUCGUUUACUCGUCCUCAGAUUGUUCCAUACUCGUAUGACUGACUUCUGUGAAUCACAAAAGGAGUUGUUAGGGAGACAUUUAUUGACUAAUAACUUCAGUCACUAUUCAUUUGUUCUAAUUAAUUGUUCUACUUGUGUACAGCAGUACUGUGUAGUGUACAUAAAAUAUAUGCAUAUAUAAUGUAUAAGUGUAAUUUUAUGAACUAACCAGUCAUUCCAGUCAUUGAAAUGCUCUCUGAUGCUGCUCAUGUUCUUCCACUAAAGCUGCAGAUCUCCAAGAGACAUCUCAUUUACCCAUUCUAAUUGCAGUGCAGUCUGUUGGCUGUGUGAAGAACUAGAGUGAUUAGGGAGUGGUUUAGAGGACAAGGCUGAGUAGAAGAACUGAGCUUGGAAAAUUGACAAAAGAUGGUCUACUUGUAAUUUCCCCUUUUGUAGCGCCGGUUCCCUCGAUCCAAGCUCUAUGGCAACUGCUCAGCCUUGAAACUUUCGUUACUGUGAUCAUUUCUUUAUUUUUUAUAUCUUUGUUUGAUACUUUUUUGGUCCCAAAAUAAUCUAGAUUUGCCUAAUUGUCCCUGUAAGAUUGCAGAGUAAGAGUUGAUAUAAAUGGUGUUAUACUCAUGUGUGUUUCUGUCAGAUAUAUAUAUAUAUAUAUCCUCAAAGGUAAAAUAAAGAAUAAAAAAAUGCAUGCUUUGUGUAUGAAUCAAAAGUAUAAUGUAUGUUUAAUAUGAUUCAUAACCGGUGUCCAAAGUGCAGUGGUUUAGAUGUGCAACACUGCCAUCUGCUGGUAAAGGGAUGCUACUGAUAGUUAUGUCAAUGAGAGAUGAGGUAAUCAAAAAAGUUUGACAUGCACUAAUUUUCUUUAAAGCAAACUCCACAUCACAGUGAGGUUCUUACAAUGGAAGUGAAUGGUGGCAAAAAAAUUAAUAAAUUUGAACGUUGAAAUACUCCCCUUUUCAAAAGUAUAGCCAUAAGACAAACAAUAUGCUUGUUAACGUUAUAGUAAAAUAAUGUACUAACCUUUUCUGUGUAAAGUUAUAGGCAAUUUUACAACUCCAAUAAUUCAUGAGUUUUAGCAUAAGAAUUAAUUUAAGUGCUUUUAUAUGAUUAUAUUUACAUAUAAACCCUCCAAAAAAUUGCCCCCAUUCACUGCAAGUAACCUCGAUUUUAGCUUUUUUAAAGAAAAGUAGGGACUAGCAGAAAUAAAAUGUUGUGGUAAUCAACAUUAUGCUACAAAUGCUGUUGAUUGAGCUCAACUUGUAUUGAACCCAGAACAUUCCUUUAAUUGUGCCUAUAGACAGAAUGAUUUGAAUUAUUGUAAAACAGAAAUGAGAAUUCAUGAUUUUUUUUUUUUUUUUUGAAUGAUGGUAUUGGGGUCAAUCCAAUAUUUUUAUGACUACUUCCCCAGGACAAGUUAUGGUAUUUAAAAUGUUUAAUUUCAACCGAUUACACAUUUAAAUGGCUUGUUAUGAAGACAAUGUGUAUGUUAUAAACAGCUGUGGACCUAAAAGUCAAAUUUCAAGUCACUCAUUU